AUGGUUGGUGAGCCUUUACUGGGCAUGGAUCAACGUCCUCAGAUGUGCAAUGAGAAUGCCCGCUGUCCCGGACAGUACUUCUGCCAUAUCGGCUAUGAUGAGUACACCACCUUGUGCUGUCCUUCAGUCGGUGACCCGUGCAACUUACCGUUGGCCGUUGGUAGAGGAAGCCAUAGAAUCGUCAGAUGGUAUUAUAAUGCGUUAACACGACAGUGCGAACAGUUCUAUUACACAGGUAACUCCAAAUUCAUACGCAAUAUUCCAUCCUUUUUCGCUUAUGAAACACGUAAAGGAAUGAUUUGCCUUAUCUGGACAUAUUAG